AUGGGACUAACAGACAAAGAGAUAAAGGGGUGGGGAGGGCAGGUCUAUGGUGCUAGGGGAUUUGAAAAUAGAGGUGUUUGGAGUGAAGAGAGGAUUGAAAAGGUUCAAUUGGGCAAGGUUUGGGCAGAAAAAGGUCUUGGACCAGGAGGAGUGUGCAGUGUGCUUGGAGCAGUUCAAGGUGGGCGAGACCCUGGUGCGUUUGCCCUGCUCUCAUCGGUUCCAUUCAAGUUGUUUGGUUCCAUGGCUAGAGAACAAUGCUCAUUGCCCUUGUUGCAGAAUGGAGAUUUUGGAUUUAAAAAGUUAAAUGAUGUUCUUUGUUUUUUUCACUUUGUAGAUACCCUACGAUCCGAAUGUACUUCUUGA